UCAACAAGGGCCCAAGGUAACUAAAUACAAGACACCUUCUUCUUCUCUUCAAGUGGCAAAAAUCCUCAAAGGCCUAUUUAUUACCAUUUUGAGACUUCUACAAGCAAUUCUCUCCUGCAUCAAAAAAUGGCAAAGGAAAGCAUAGAUCAACAAGCACUCGUUAAAGCAGCUGCCUGGGCGUGGUACCAGCACGGGUCCGGGUGCGAUGGCAGACGAGUCCAUGAAUUCAACCUCUCAAGGACGCACCAGGCCCCCAGACCAUCUCGGUACAAACGUGAAACCAUGCGGGACGUGGCCCAUCGUCCGGCGGACUCAUCAUCACAGUCAUCACACACACCUAAGCGGUUCAGCCCGGCGAGCCUAAGCCCAAGCCACACCAACAUGUCGCUGCUCGACUCUUACGAGAUCGAGAGGAUCUCAAGGCAAUUGGACCAGAUACUGGAGUCCACCAACGCGUGCUUUCGCCGGGCUUACGUCAUCGUCAACGGCCGAGAUCGACCGAGAGGUGGGACAUCGUCGGCGAGGGACAUGGCAGGUGGGAAGGUGGGUGGAAUUUGGGCCAGGCAUGCUACAGGGAUAUGUAGUUCAAGGGGAAGUGUGGUGGAAGCUAGAGUAUUGGACCGUGGACCGAGUAGGAAGAGUGGUUCGACCGUGAGGCUCGUGCAUUGCCACCCAUAGCACAUGUUGCACUGUAAAAAGAGGUAUGUUUGGUUUGGUUGGAUCCUUACUCUUGCUCCGGUAGUAGACUCUCAGCAGCUGUGGGGUGUGUGUGCGUGUGGUGAGAGAAGGUAUGUUUGGUUUAGUUGUGGACUUUUGGUACUUGUAUUAUAUUCUGUCAUGGUAGGUACAUGUAUAAAUAAGGUUUUAAAUUGGUGUA